AUGAAUAAUGUAAUAGCUUUGAAUAGGCAACGCGGUUGUCUGAAAGCAAAAGUCACAAAACUGGAACACUCUCUGCGUGACUUUGUCGAAAAUGAAGAAAGUGAAUCCUUUUUAGAAGUGAAAUUGCAAUCGUUAUCAGGAAUAAAGCGAUCCUUGGAUGAAUUAAAACAGCGGUACUUAAAUCUACCAGCAGAUGUUGCCAUAGAGGAAUCUUGUGAAAUUAUUGAAGAACUAGAGGACGAUCUGGAGAAAAUGGAGGUAAGUCUCAAAUACCUCCUUUCAAAAUUAAAAUCAAAAGUUAAUGCAUUACCAGUACGUAAAAAUACUGUUGAAAAUAUUAAUGUUAAAUUGCCUGAAAUACCAUUACCUCAGUUCUCUGGAAAAUAUAAAGAAUUUCAUUCAUUUAAAUGCCAAUUCAUAUCCUUAAUUGCUGAAAAUGAGAAAUUAACUGAAACACUAAAACUUUAUUAUUUAAAGGCUGCUCUUAAAGGAGAAGCAAAAAAUAUCGAAAAUUGCAAGAUACAUACAAGUCACUGUUUCAAGCUUUAG